AUGUCGCCUUGGGGUUUCUCCGCCCCCCCGCGUGGUGCUGCUGCUGCUGCUGCAUCAGAUGCAGCAACGGCAGCAGCAACAAAAGCAGCGGCAACAGAAGCUACAGCAGCUUCACAAGACCGAUCGAUAGCGAAUUUGCAUAAUGAAGACACAGCAACAGCAGUAGCAACAGCAGUAGCAACAGCAGUAGCAGCAGCAGGAACAUCAGCAGCAGCAGCAGCAGGAACAUCAGCAGCAGCAGCAGCAACAGCAGCAACAGCAGCAGCAACCGUAUCCAAAGGAGCUUCUUCCUUUGUCUCGCUGUCUCCUUCCUCUCAAUUCUGCUGCUGCGCUUCCUCUUCUUCGAAGUGCAGCAGCAGCAGCUGCUGCUGCUGCAGCACGACCAGUACCACCAGCAGCAGCAGCAGCAACAGCGCCGGCUCCUGCAGCACCAGUUGUUGCUGCAGCAGCACCAGCAGCACCAGCAGCACCAGCCGCAGCACCAACUGCGGCAGCAUUAACUGCAGCAGCAUGAGCAGCACCAGCAGCAUCUCUAGCAGCAGCAGCAGCAGCAGCAUCAGCAGCAACCGCUGCAGCGGUGGCGUGGUUAGGAGCAACAUGAGCAGCUGCUGCUGCUGCUGGCUGCCCCCUCCUUUGUUUGUGCGGGGUUUUAACGGGGCUUUGCAUGCAGCGCCCCGGGUGUAUAGGCAGCUUCCUAUUGUUCUAGAAGAAAGCAAAGUUUUGCUCAAGAGGGGCCCCCUGCUGCUGAUGGAGGGGGGGCCCCUCAGAGUUGGAUACGCCUGGAGAAGGUGCCCCAGCUGUGGGGCUGUUGCCUUCGAAGCAGCAGCAGCAGCAGCACCAGCAACAGCUGCAGCAGCAGCAGCAGCAGCAUUACCAACAGCGGCAGCACCAGCAGCACCAGGAGCAGCAGCAGCAAAUGGUGCUCCUACUCCUCCCACUAUCACUACUACUACUACUACUGCUGCUGCUGCUCCUGCUGCUCCUGCUGCUGCUGCUGCUGCUGCAGGUCCUGUAUUGUUAGAGUGGAGGCUAGGAGAAGAGCAGCUGCUGCGCCUCUUCUGGGUUGAGGGGGCAAAAGCAAUAAAAAUUGAUAUACCUCUCAAAGCACUAACAGGGAGAGUGUUUCUUCUUGCUGCUGCUGAUCUUCCUGCUGCUGCUGCUGUUGCUGAUGCUGCUGAUGGAGCGGUCGAGGGGCAGCAGGUGGACAGCGGCAGCAAAUGCAACAAGAGUAGCAGCAGCAGCAGCAGGAAGGGGCCCCUGCUGCUGCUAUGCCCUGCGGUGUAUCCUGAAGUGACAGUAGCUGAAGCUGAAGGAGACCCAAACGAGACGGGGCCCUUAGGAGACAGCUUAGGGGUCCCCGCUGCUGCUGCUGCUGCUGCUGCUUUAGAACAUAAGAGCUUCCAGAAGCAAAAUGAAUCUGCUAGCGGUACAGCAGCAACGGGAGCAGCAGCAGAAGCAGCAGACGCAUCAACGGCAUCAGCAGCACCAGCAGCAGCAGAAUCAUCAGGAGAAUCCACAGAAUCAGCAGCAGCAGCAGCAGCAGCUUUGCUGCUGCUCUCUCGCGAUGAAGAGCUGCUGCCUCCCCUGCGCUGCUACCGCUGGGCUGCCCCCGGCCCUGCGGGGCCCGUGGGGUGUCACUGGAGCGAAGGGACCCUGCUGCAGCAGCUAUCUAAGUGCAAGGAUUUGCUGCUGCAGCUGCCUGCUCCUGCUGCUCCUGCUGCUGCUCCUGCUGCUCCUGAUAAUCCUGAUAAUGCUGCUGCUGCUGCUGCUGCUGCUGCAAACUGCAGUUGGUGGUGGGUCGAAGAGCUCAGGAGACAGGGCCUGCUGGCAGCAGCACCAGCAGCAGCGACACCGGGAGCAGCAGCAGCAGCAGCAGAAGCAGCAAUCGCACCAGCAGCAGCAAAACCACCAGCAGAACCAGCGGCAGGUGCAGCAGCCGGUGAAGCAGCAGCAGCAGGAGCAGCAGCAGAAUUUAUUGAUAGUUUGCCUGCGGUGUAUGUGAGCGUCGAGCCCCUUGAAAGAGCAGCAGAACUGCGGUGUAUAUCCAAGGCAGUGCUGCAGAGACAGCCGCAGCUGCUGCUGCAAGGUGUAUCCUUUGGCUGUCUCUCGCAGCCUCUAGAGCAACACACAGAAGCAACAGCAAAUAAAUGCAAGCACUGCCCCGCUGCUGCUGCAGCAGCACAAGCAGCAGCAGCAGCACAAGCAGCAGCAGCAAAAACGGCAGCAGCAAAAACGGCAGCAGCAGAAUCAGCAGCAGCAGCACAAGCAGCAGCAGCACAAGCAGCAGCAACACCAGCUGCAGGAACACCAGCAGCAGCAGCAGCAACAGCAGCAGCAGCAGCAGGAACAGCAGCAGCAGCAGCAGAAACAGCAGCAGCAGCAGCAGCAAAUGAGGGAGGUGGGGCUGGAGCGUGGCAGCUGUGGGUGGAGAUGCAGCGGCAUCUGUCUCUGGGUUUGCUGCAGCCUCCUUCAUUUUUCGAAUGCUAUGCUGCAGCAGAGACUGCUGCUGCUGCUGCUGCUGCUGCUGCUGCUGCUGCUGCUGCUGCUGCUGCUCCUCUGUCUUUGUCUCUGCCUCUUCUUUUAUGUAAUUCUGCUCUGUCUCCUUACCUCCUCAGACAUUGUCUAAAAACCUUCGAAGUAGAGACAGCAGCAAAAGGAGAUGUUAUUCAAACAUAUCCCCCAGUUAAACGCAUCCACCAACUCAUAAACAAUACCCCUUUCAUGUUCGGGGGGUAG